ACGGAAAAACACAUUCGGUACAAAGGUUAAAAUCUCGAUUAGCAAAAGAUACGGAUAUUACUUGUUUUGGUGUUUUCAGAUCAAAGUUGUUACACAUAGUUUUCUACAUGGACAUAACAACUCCAGAUUCGUUUAUUCAAGUUGGAAUGAUAGUUGAAGGUGAACUUGUCUGACGUGACAAACUAACCAGUGCCUGACAGGAAAACAACAUCUCUGAUGAAUGCCAUCAUACACAUUAUCCAUAUUAGGCCUACAGUACUGGUUGAGAAUUGGUCGGCAACCAGUAUCCUCUGAAAAGCCCGAAAUUCAUAUAAACUCAACCUCUCUCCGAAAUGCGUUUAACAUUAAGAUUUUUUAUGGCCAACAAAAAGGCUUUUGACAGAUAUGCGUCGUUUAGUCCAUCACCAGUUUCGUUGAAAGAUUUGUUGGAAUUUGGUUCAAAGACGGGAAAUGAAGUGUCUUCGUAUUUGUUCCUUCGCCAUGAGCUACCUGUUAGGAUGGCUAACAUUAUGAUGGAGAUCAGGCAUCUUCCAAAAAAUCUACAAAUCAUGCCCUCAGUCAGCCUUGUUAAAAGCUGGUAUGAUCAGAGUUUUGAAGAGAUAUUAGACUUUGAAGACAAAAAUGAAGCGGAUGACAAGGUUCGAUCAGAUUUCUCAGAAAGCCUGCAGAAAAUCAAGAAUCGCCAUUCUAAAGUCGUGGAAACAAUGGCCCAGGGAGUGCUGGAAUUACAAGAGACUUAUCCAUCCUACUACAACUUUACAAAUGUCAACACUAACACAGAUGCGAUACGAUACUUCCUGGAUAGGUUCCUCUUAUCUCGCAUCAGUAUACGGAUGCUCAUCAGCCAGCAUGUGCUGUUGUACGGUUCUCAGACAGUAGACAAUCCUCACUACAUUGGUACAAUAGACCCUGAGUGUGACGUCGCUGAUGUUCUACAGACUGCCUAUGGUGAUGCCCGCUUCUUGUGUGAAGGGUAUUACUUAACUGCACCAGAGAUGGACGUCACAUGCCUUAAUACUUAUGACGAGGGUAAAAAGAUCCAGAUUGCUUUUGUUUCUUCCCAUUUACUUCAUAUCCUUAUUGAAAUUUUGAAGAACGCCAUGCGUGCCACAGUAGAGACCCACUCCAACAAGGACAUCAUCCCCAAAAUAUCGGUACAGAUAACCAAAGGCAAGGAAGACCUCACAAUCAAGAUAUCAGACCGUGGUGGUGGUUUCUCCCAAGAUAUAGCAAAGUUAGUGUUUGAAUACAUGUACUCCACUGCCCCACGGCCGGACUAUGUUGGGGAGGGAAACGCCCCUAUGGCAGGGUAUGGAUAUGGACUGCCUCUGUCAAGACUGUAUGCUCGAUACUUUGGGGGAGACCUACAACUCAGCUCUGUAGAGGGUUACGGCACAGACGCAUACAUCUACCUUAAGGUGAUGUCUGACAAUGCUAGCGAGUGUUUACCAGUAUACAACACAACAGCUUCUAGGAUGUACCAUUCAGACAUACCUGUAUCUGACUGGAGCUCCAACAAACCCUGGCACAAAUCACACCCACGAGGCUACACCACUCACGCUAAGAAAAGUUAGUCAGGUGUCAAAGGCCAUCCAAGUAUGGAGGUAUACUCUCCUUGUGACAUUUCGUUGAUGUCUCCAGGUCGUGCAGGACGUACCUUGGCUAAGAGCUUUGCUGAUCAUGAACAUAUGUGUGUGCCAUUCAGGGAUCUAUAUUUAUAGUAAUAUUGUUCAUUGCUCUUUAUUUAUCUAUUGCAUGCCUAUUACAAAUUGUGAUGCCACUAUAUAGUCCUACUGCAUUAGAAUGCCAUGCCUGAAUUUUGAUGUCAUUUUUGUAUUUAUAUCAUAAUGGUACUAUUGAACACAGACCGUUAUUGGAAAAUAUUUGUUCUUUUUAUUAAACAAGAACUCAUGUUACAUAUAUCUAACUUUAACCAAAUGCUGAACUAAAACAAAUUCAUUGAAUUUUCUCUGAAGUUGAAUGUUCUGAAAAUAGUGUAUAUUAAAGCUCAUCGGAUGACCUAGUAUUAGUAAAUCUGGCUGUACUUGUGUGUAACUGUUAGGAGUGACAUCAUAGAUGUUGACCAUCCUGCAGUCAGCAAGACCUCUUGUGAUCUGACUUUUAUUUCGUCUUCAUUCUAGUUAUUAUCCUAUGGGGGAGAUCAUUUGAAAAUUUCAUAUCAGUCAUAAUGAUUUAUUUGCAAAUAGAGAUACAGAUGUAUCUUAGUUUCCUAGAAUAUUGAUACAAUAACAUAUUCAUCAACUAUGAAACAUUUGAUGAUAGUCCCAAUGUGCUCAUAUCUGUAGUCCACAACUUUUCAAACAUUUUAUUAGCUCACCUGGCCCGAAUCGUCCGGUGUCUGUCGUCCGUCAACUUUUUCCUUUAAAAC